AUGGCGGCCGCCGACGAGCAAAAGCCCACUCCUACUCCCACCAACCCCGUUCCCACCACCAUGGCCACCUCAACCUCCACCUCCAACACCACCGCCGGCAACACCAGCACCAGCAACAGCAACAGCAACACCCUCUCGCAGGCCAAGUACGCAGACCUCACGUUCAACUCGCCCCUCUCCGCGCCCCACGCCGAUGCCCUCAUCGCGCACCUCGCCCUCUCUCCUUCCCCCUCGUCCUCCCUCUCCACCACGACAAUCUCCGUCGUCGACCUCGGCUGCGGCUGGGGCGAGCUGCUGCUCCGCGCCGCCGAGUCCGUCGCCGCAUCCUCCUCCUCCUCUCACUCGGGAGAAGUAGGGGCCGCAGUGACGUUCACGGGCGUGGACACCGACGCCGCGCUCCUCGACCGGGGCCGCCUCCUCGCCGCCCAGCGCCUCGGCUCCAACUCCGGAGGUGACAGCAGCAACGCAAGCGCAUCACCGCCCGUAACCUUCGUCGACGCGCCCGCCUCGUCGUGGACCCAGCCCGCCCACCGCGCCAUCUGCAUCGGCUCCUCGCACGCCCUCGGCGGGACGCGCCCCGCGCUGCAGCACCUCACACGCAUCGUCGGCCCCUUUUCCUCCUCCCUCUCUUCCUCGGUCACAUCCGCUCCGCCCUCCUCCUCCUCUCCCUCUCCCUCAACGUCCAGCUACGCCAGGGUCCUCUUCGGCGAGAUGUUCUGGCAGGUCAGCCCCCCGCCCGAGGCCACGCGCGCCCUCUUCGGCGACGACGAGGUCCCCGGCUCGCUCGCCGACCUCGUCGCCUCAUGCCGCGACGAGGGCUGGACGGUGCUGCACGUCAGUGUCGCCGACCAGGCCGAGUGGGACGACUUCGAGUCGCGGCACCGCUCCGGGCAGCGGCGCUGGCUGCUCGAGCACCCGGGGAGCGAGGGGGCGGACGAGCUGCGCCGGCAGCUGGACCAGCGCGAGCACGACUAUCUCGCGCACUACCGCGGCAUCUUGGGCUUUGCCUUUCUCAUCUUGGCGCGAUAG